AUGAUCACCCUGCCAGGUUUUGUAGACGAUACCAGUGGCACCAAUAUGGCACCUACAUCAGCGGCCGGGGAUUCAGUGACAGCACUUCACUCGUCUUUUACUACCACGGCACCGGGCUGGGCUGACAGCACGGUCUCUGAACCAGACACAGUAUCUGUGAUAAACUCUUGGACUUCUACUUUAGACUACUCCUCAACUGACCCUGUGUCCAACACUGCUCUGGCCACAAUGUUUCCUGAAAGUAGACCUCAAUUCGAUUCAUUAACUGAAAUAUCAACAGCAGGGGACAUGUAUUUCGAAACGAAUUUAGAAGCAACGGUUACUAAAAACACAUAUUUUUAUGCGUCGACUAAAGAGGAAACGAUUGUGGAGACAUUGAUAAGAAAAACGGAUGAAGGUGCAAUAUUCACAACAACAGUAGCAACAGCUGAUGUUGUAACAACGACAAUGCCGACACCAACGAAAGUAACUGAUGAGGUCACAACGAUCACGCCUACAACAACACUAGCAACAACUGAUGAAGUCACAAUGACCAUACCUACAACAACACUAGCAACAACUGAUGAUGUAACAAUGACCAUGCCUACAACAACACUAGCAACAACUGAUGAUGUAACAGUGACCAUGCCUACAACAACACUAGCAACAACUGAUGAAGUCACAACGAUCACGCCUACAACGCCAAUAGCAACGGCUGAUGUUGAAACAACGAUCAUGCCUACAAUAACAUUAGCAACAACUGAUGUUGAAACAACGACCAUGCCUACAACAACAAUAGCAACAACUGAUGAUGUAACAACGAUCAUGCCUAUAACAACAGUAACAACAACUGAUGAUGUAACAACGAUCAUGCCUAUAACAACAGUAGCAACAGCUGAUGUAACAUUUGAGGCAAAAACAACAUCUUCUGUGACACUAGAUGCAGAAGCGAUAUCGUCGUCUAUGACAACCAAUGCAGAACCAACGACUUCACCUUUAGUUACAACAAAUACAGAAACCACCUUUUUAAUGACAACUGACACAGAAAUAACUACGACUACUGUGACGACAAACCUNGAUGCAACAAUAACAACUUCCGCUGUAACGACCGAUGCAGUAACCACAUCGUCUAUGUCAACAACUGAUGCAGGAACUUCAACGUCUGUUUUAUCGUCUAACACAGAAAUAACUGUAACAACUGUUCCAGAAACAACUAUGUCUGCUUCAACAACUAAUGCAGAAACUUUACCGUCUGAUUUAACAUCUGUUUCUGAAAUAUCUGUGACAACUGAUGCAGCAACAACAACGGCUACUGUAACGACUGAUGCAGCAACUUCAACUUCAACAGUAACAACUGAUGCAAUAUCUACAAAAUUUGCUUCAACAACUAAUGCAGAGACAACGUCUGUUUUAUCAACUAGUGCAGAAACAUCUGUGACAACUGAAGCAACAACAACAACGUCUACUAUAACGACUGAUGCAGGAACUGCAACUUCUAUUUUAUCAACUAAAGCAGAAACAAUUGUGACAACUGAUGUAGCAACAAUGUCUGCUGUAACGACUGAUGCAGUAACUACAACGUCUGCUUCAACAAGGGAUGCAGAAACUACAACGUCUGACUUAACAUCUGUUGCUCAAAAAUCUGUGACAACUGAUGCAGCAACAAUAAUAUCUGCUGUAACGACUGAUGCAGUAACUACUAAAUCUGCUUCAACAACUGAUGCAGGGACUACGUCUACAACAGCGUCUACAGUAACGACUGAUGCAAAAGCUACAACGUCUGUUUUAUCAACUAACGCAGAAACAACUGUGACAACUGGUGCAGAAACAACUACGUCUACUUCAACAAGUGAUGUAGAAACAAAAACUUCUGAUUUAACAUCUGUUGCUGAAACAUCUAUUACAACUGAUGCAUCAACAACAGCGUCUACAGUAACGAGUAAUGCAGAAUCUACAACAUCUGCUUCAUCAACUAACGCAGAAACAACUGUGACAACUGAUGCAGCAACAACGUCCACUGUAACGACUGAUGCAGUAACUACAACGCCUGUUUUAACAACUGAUGCUGAAACAACUCUAACAACCGAGGCAUCAACAGCAAUGCCUACAGUAACGACUGAUGAAGUAACGACAACCUUAACCUUAACGACUGAUGCAGAAAGUACAACAUCUGAUUUAAUAACUGAUACUGAAACAUCUGUAUCAACAGGCACAGUAACAACGCCAUCUACUGUAACGACUGCUACAGAAAUUACAACGACUCUUUUAUCAACUAACGCAAAAACAACUGUGACAACUGAUGCAGAAACAACAACGUCUAUUGUAACGACUGAUGCAGAAACUACAAUGUCUGUUUUAUCACAUGACGCAGAAAUUUUUAUAACAACUGAUGAAGCAACAACAGCGUCUACAUUAACGAAUGCUGCAGAAACUACAACAUCUAUUUUAACAACUGAUGCUGAAAUGACUAUGACAACUGAUGGAGCAACAACAACGUCCGCUGUAACGACCGAUGCAGUUACCUCAACGUCUAUGGCAACAACUGAUGGAGGAACGUCAAAGUCUGUUUUAUCAACUAACGCAGAAAAAACUGUGACAACUAAUGCAGCAGCAACGUCAACUGUAAAGUCUGAUGCAGUAAUUUCGACGUCUGCUUCAACAAAUGAUGCAGAAACUACAACGUCUGAUGUAACAUCUGAGGCAGAAAUAUCUGUGACAACAGAAGCAGCAACAGAUUCAACAGUAUUGACUGAUUCAGUAACUACAAAAUCUGCUUCAACAACUGAUGCAGAGACUAUGUCUACAACAGCGUCUACAGUAACGACUGAAUCAGAAUCUACAACGUCUGUUUUAUCAAUUAACGCAGAAACAACUGUGACACCUGGUGCAGAAACAAAUACGUCUACUUCAACAAGUGAUGUAGAAACAACAACUUUUGAUUCAACAUCUGUUGCUGAAACAUCUAUUUCAACUGAUGCAUCAACAACAGCGUCUACAGUAACGAGUAAUGCAGAAUCUACAACAUCUGCUUCAUCAACUAACGCAGAAACAACUGUGACAACUGAUGCAGCAACAACGUCCACUGUAACGACUGAUGCAGUAACUACAACGCCUGUUUUAACAACUGAUGCUGAAACAACUCUGACAACCGGGGCAUCAACAGCAAUGCCUACAGUAACGACUGAUGAAGUUACGACAACCUUAACCUUAACGACUGAUGCAGAAAGUACAACAUCUGAUUUAAUAACUGAUACUGUAACAUCAGUAUCAACAGGCACAGUAACAACGCCAUCUACUGUAACGACUGCUACAGAAAUUACAACGACUCUUUUAUCAACUAACUUAGACACAACUGUGACAACUGAUACAGAAACAACAACGUCUAUUGUAACGACUGAUGCAGAAACUACAACGUCUACUUCAACAACUGAUGCAGAAACUACAACAUCUAUUUUAUCACAUGACGCAGAAAUUUUUGUAACAACUGACGAAGCAACAACAGCGUCUACAUUAACGAAUGUUGCAGAAACUACAACAUCUAUUUUAACAACUGAUGCUGAAACGACUAUGACAACUGAUGGAGCAACAACAACGUCCGCUGUAACGACCGAUGCAGUUACCUCAACGUCUAUGUCAACAACUGAUGGAGGAACGUCAAAGUCUGUUUUAUCAACUAACGCAGAAACAACUGUGACAACUGAUGCAGAAAGUACAACAUCUGCCUUAAUAACUGAUGCUGUAACAUCUGUAUUAACAGGGACAGUAACAACGCCAUCUACUGUAACGACUGCUACAGAAAUUACAACGACUAUUUUAUCAACUAAUGCAAAAACAACUGUGACAACUGAUGCAGCAACAACGUCUACUGUAACGACUAAUGCAGUAACUACAACGUUUACUUCAACAACUGAUGCAGAAAGUACAACGUCCGUUUUAUCACAUGACGCAGCAAAAACUGAUGCAGCAUCAACGGCGUCUACAAUAACGAAUCCUGCAGACACUUCAACUUCUAUAUUAACAACUGAUGCUAAAAUAACUAUGACAACUGAUGCAGCAACAACAAUGUCUACUGUAACGUCCGAUGCAGUAACUUCAACAUCUACUUCAACAGGUGAUGCAAAAACUACAACAUCUAUUUUAACAACUGAUGCUGAAACGACUAUGACAACUGAUGGAGCAACAACAACGUCCGCUGUAACGACCGAUGCAGUUACCUUAACGUCUAUGUCAACAACUGAUGGAAGAACGUCAAAGUCUGUUUUAUCAACUAACGCAGAAACAACGGUGACAACUGAUGCAGAAAGUCCAACAUCUGACUUAAUAUCUGAUGCUGUAACAUCUGUAUCAGAAACAACUACGUCUACUUCAACAAAUGAUCCAGAAACUAUAACAUCCAUUUCAACAUCUGAUGCUGAAACAACUGUAAAAACCGAGGCAUCAACAGCUGCGUCUACAGUAACGACUGAUGCAGAAACUACAACGUCUACUUCAACAACUGAUGCAGAAACUACAAAGUCUGUUUUAUCACAUGACGCAGAAAUUUUUAUAACAACUGAUGAAGCAACAACUGCGUCUACAUUAACGAAUGCUGCAGAAACUACAACAUCUAUUUUAACAACCGAUGCUGAAACAACUAUGACAACUGAUAGAGCAACAACAACGUCCGCUGUAACGACCGAUGCAGUUACCUCAACGUCUAUGUCAAUAACUGAUGGAGGAACGUCAAAGUCUGUUUUAUCAACAAACGCAGAAACAACUGUGACAAUUAAUGCAGCUGCAAAGUCUACUGAAACGUCUGAUGCAGUAACUUCAACGUCUGCUUCAGCAAAUGAUGCAGAAACUACAACGUCCGAUGUAACAUCUGAGGCAGAAAUAUCUGUGACAACAGAAGCAACAACAGCAGAGUCAACAGUAUCGACUGAUUCAGUAACUACAAAAUCUGCUUCAACAACUGAUGCAGAGACUAUGUCUACAACAGCGUCUACAGUUACGACUGAUGCAGUAACUACAACGUCUACUUCAACAACUGAUGCAGUAACAACAACGUCUACUGUAACGUCUGAUGCAGUAACUACAACCUCUACUUCAACAACUGAUGCAGUAACUACAACGUCCGUUUUAUCACAUGACGCAGAAAGUUUUGUAACAACUGAUGAAGCAGCAACGGCGUCUACAUUUACGAAUGCUGCAGAAACUACAACAUCUAUUUUAACAACUGAUACUGAAACAACUGUGACAACUGAUGCAGCAACAACACUGUCUGCUGUAACGACCGCUACAGUAAUCACAACGUCUUUGUCAACAACUGAUGCAGAAACUACAACGUCCGCUGUAACGACCGAUGCAGUAACCACAACGUCUAUGUCAACAACUGAUCCAGAAACUACAACAUCCAUUUCAACAACUGAUGCUGAAACAACUGUAAAAACCGAAGCAUCAACACUCGCGUCUACAGUAACGACUGAUGCAGAAACUACAACGUCUACUUCAACAACUAAUGCAGAAACUACAACGUCUGUUUUAUCACAUGACGCAGAAAUUUUUAUAACAACUGAUGAAGCAACAACUGCGUCUACAUUAACGAAUGCUGCAGAAACUACAACAUCUACUUUAACAACUGAUGCUGAAACGACUAUGACAACUGAUGGAGCAACAACAACGUCCGCUGUAACGACCGAUGCAGUUACCUCAACGUCUAUGUCAAUAACUGAUGGAGGAACGUCAAAGUCUGUUUUAUCAACUAACGCAGAAAAAACUGUGACAACUAAUGCAGCUGCAAAGUCUACUGAAACGUCUAAUGUAGUAACUUCAACGUCUGCUUCAACAAAUGAUGCAGAAACUACAACGUCCGAUGUAACAUCUGAGGCAGAAAUAUCUGUGACAACAGAAGCAGCAACAGCAGAGUCAACAGUAUCGACUGAUUCAGUAACUACAAAAUCUGCUUCAACAACUGAUGCAGAGACUAUGUCUACAACAGCGUCUACAGUAACGACUGAUGCAGUAACUACAACCUCUACUUCAACAACUGAUGCAGUGUAUUACCAAACGUAUGAAAAGGGAGAUGGGAAGAAUGGCACUGAUGAAAUUAUCCAAAGAGUGUCACUAGAUGUUCGAAAUAACACCACGCUCCAACUUCCUCCUAGUUUCUCUGCCCUGUGGGUACUGGUGGUCACUUGGACGUAUCUCCCGCCAUACACAGGUUGCUCUUGCUAUGACAUCUGGGAUUUCAAUUCAACCAACUGUGCUGCCAACUCAUGGUGCUCUCGAUGUGCCAGUGAAGUACCAGGUUUACCGGUAAACCAUUUCCAAGCAGUUUUGGCGACUGACGGACAAUAUUCUGCAGUCAAAUUCAUAUACCCCAACGGCGGCAUCAAUUGGUUUUUCGAAGAUUACAGUGUGGCUACAUACGGAUCCUUCUCUCUGGACACACGUGAUCUGCCCGUGGCGGGGUUCAGUGCCGGGGACGGAUCUAACACUACGUAUGCAAACUAUGCAAACACUCCCUCUAGCGGCCGAUCUAGUAUGAUUAACGCAGAUACAGCAAUUGGUAAUACUGGAGAGAUCGGCACCUUCACGUUCCGCUUAGACAACUCCAGUGGAACAGCGGAACCUUGGUUACAGUGCUACAAGUGGUGGCGGGACGAGGCCAAAACGUCAUAUUCUCGCGAGAAUACAAUCACAGAUCCUUGUCCCUGCCAGGUGGGACAGGCAUCGAAUGACAGACGUUACCGUUUUGAGAAUUCCACCCGGCAUACGGUGUGCUAUACGACAGUUUUCCUGAAAUCCGGCAUGAGGCAGAUGUGCUGCUAUGAAAAUGAUCCAGAGGCAAAGAACUUUGGCUCUCUGUUGACGAACGCGCCGCGGGCUGGUGCCUUGGUUGUAGCAUCGACCGAGAAUGACGAUAGAACUGCCUUCGAGAACUGUUGCGUUCUGUCUUACGGUCUGUGUCAGCUCUAUUACUACCACAGGCCGCCAAGAGACUGUACUGGCUAUACACAACCAAGCAGAGCUCUUAUAUGGGGAGAUCCACACCUGAUGACCUUGGACGGUAUGAACUACACUUUUAACGGCCAAGGGGAAUUCAUUUUCGUGGAUGUAAAUGAUGGCGAACUGCAAAUGCAAGGCAGAAUGACCAAGGCCAAAGGCACAGGACAGGCAACUAUACUGACCGCAGUCGCCAUACAGGUCACCAACCAGUCAGGUAUCCAAGUGAACCUGAGAAACAACACGCAGUCAGAGCUGGAGUUGCAUGUGAACUGCACGUUGCUGGACACUGGCAACUAUACAAGCCAACCCAGUACGCAUCCUUUGCUCCCAGCAAGUGUACUGCUCUCCAAGCCGGACAACAGCUCAGUAGAGGUGUUAUACGAUAUCGGGAUUGCCAUCAUUGUGAAAGCCGAACAUGAUAUGUUGGCCGUCGUCCUUGAUGUUCCAAGCAAUUUUUCCUAUAGCACGCGGGGGCUUGUGGGAGUAAUGAACGGAGAUAUGGCGGACGAUUUCACACCGUUCAAUGGCACAGCAAUACCAAUAACAUCAUCUGAAGAAGACUUUUACAGACUCUUUGGUUUGACGUGGAUGGUAACCAACGGUUCCGGACCAACAGGGAGUGCGUUCUGCUAUACAGACGGCGAGGACUAUGCCACAUACAAUGACCCAGAGUUCGUCCCAAUGUUUACAGAUAACUUUACCUUUUAUAAUGUGACUCUACAGCAGCAGGCUUUUGAAGUGUGUGGUGAUUACACCCCGUGUCUGUUUGACAUAGCACAGACUGGUGAUCUAACGUUUGGCGAAAUCACAAAAACCGAGAAAGUCGCGUUUGACGCAGCAGUAGCAGAUUUGGGUAAUUUUCCCCCUGUGGUUAUCGGACCACCAUCACAUCGGGUUAACAUAGGUGAAUACACCCAGAUAGUGAUAAACAUUUCCUCGCGGCACGGGGACAGCAUCCAGGACCUGCUGGAUACAAACGCUUCCAGUGGCGUUAACUUCACUGUCCUGAAUGAACAGCAGGGCGCCAUAGGCAUUAUUCUGAACUCGGUGAACGCCAACUUAACCGUGACAUUUGUUGCCAAGGGUUCCAGUAACGCCAGCAGCUCGUACACCCCUGUGCUAGAGUACUGUCCCUGUCUUAAUGGCGGGACCUGUGAGCAGUUAACUGACGAAGAACUAAGGAAGACAGAUGCAAAGUUCAUAAAACUGGAAUGCACAUGCCCAGACAACUACUCAGGAACCCACUGUGAAGAUGUCAUUGACGCAUGCGCAGCAACUGACGACCCGUGCUUCCCUGGCAUCCGCUGUCUGAGCACCACGCCCACUGUCAACGUGUCCAGUUACUCGUGCGGACCGUGUCCACAUGGCUAUUCUGGAGACGGAAAACAGUGCGAUGAUGUGAAUGAAUGCUCUCCUGCCAAUGACUGCUCACAAAUUUGCGUCAAUGAGGUCGGCUCCUAUCGUUGCAUGUGUGAUGCUGCUUUUGUAAUGCAAUCGAACGGAAAGGACUGUAUCCCCACCCAUCCGUGUGACAUCAACUCUCUUGGCUGCGAUCUUACCAACGGCUGGUGUUAUAAUUUAUCUUCCACUGGCAACCAGACCUGUGGCUGCAAGAAAGGAUUCUCCCUCCUCAAUGGCACGGAAUGUGUAGACCAAGAUGAGUGUCUGACCGGUAACCACAGCUGCGUCCAGCACUGCCAGAAUACUGCUGGCGGCUACAACUGUUCGUGUGAUGCAGGGUACACUCUGGGAAGUGAUGGAUAUAGUUGCAUAGAUAUAGACGAGUGUUGGCUGCUACUGGACAGCUGCCUGGACACCCAGGAGUGCGUGAACACAGAGGGGAGCUUUACCUGCCAGUGUCCUGCAGGUCUCAUACUGGUCAAUGGCAGGUGCACGG